CCCCUCCAAGGCCACAGAGUUGUGCGCCCGUCCGGUCCCUGCUGAAUCAGCAUUCCGUGUUUCGUGCCAUGGCGGAGGACAAGCGAGAAUGCGUGAAAGUGGUGAUCCGAUGCCGUCCGAUGAGCAGACAAGAAGGGAUCGACAAUCGAGAAAAGAUUGUAGACAUGGACAUCAAGAAUGGCGGUGUGCGUGUGAGAAGGCCCGGCACCAACGACUACAAGGACUUCACCUUCGACGCGGUCUACGAUGAGACUGCCGUGCAGUCGGACUUCUAUGAGCACACGGGCUACGCCAUUGUAGGGAAGUGUCAUGGAUGGCUACAACGGCACCAUUUUCGCCUAUGGCCAGACAGGCACUGGGAAGACCCACACCAUGGUCGGACCUGCGCAUCCGGAAGCAGAAGAGGAGAAGGGCGUGAUCCCCCGCGCCUUCGGGCAUGUCUUCCGGAAUGUGGACGUGGGUGGUAACAAGACCUUCCUGGUUCGGGCAUCCUAUAUGGAGAUCUACAAUGAAGAGAUCCGAGACCUUCUCUCGAAGAAUCCGAAGCAGAAGCUGGAGUUGAAGGAUCACCCUGACGGUGGGGUCUAUGUCAAGGACCUCACAGUCAUGAUCGUCAAGGGCGUGCGGGACCUUCAACAAGUCAUGGAGGUUGGCCAGAAGAACCGGAGUGUGGCCAGCACCUUAAUGAACAACGAGUCCAGUCGCUCCCACUCCAUCUUCACUGUGACCGUUGAGAUCUUGGAGAAAGGCCUGGAUGGGCAGGACCACGUGCGCGUGGGAAAGAUGAACAUGGUGGACCUGGCAGGCUCGGAGCGGCAGAGCAAAACUGGCGCCACUGGCGACACCUUGAAGGAGGCGACCAAGAUCAACAUGUCUUUGAGUGCCUUGGGCAACGUGAUCUCCGCCCUGGUAGAUGCCAAGACCUCCUUCAUCCCCUACAGAGACUCCAAGCUCACCCGGCUGCUGCAGGACUCCUUGGGCGGCAACACCAAGACGGUGAUGUGCACGUGCAUCGGCCCCGUGGACUACAAUUACGACGAGACCAUGAGCACUCUGCGAUAUGCCCAUCGAGCGAAGAGCAUCAAGAACAAGCCCAGGAUCAAUGAAGAUCCCAAGGAUGCCAUGAUCCGGGAGUUCCAAGAUGAGAUCACCCGACUGAAGAUGCAACUGGAGAAGCGUGGGGGUCCCGGCAGCCCGCCGAGAGCCCCGCCGAUGGAGGGCGAGGAAGUGGUGGUGGAAACCGAAGUGGUGGAAGUCGAAAAGAUUGUUGAGAAGGAGGUUUUGGUGGAGAAGGUGGUGAAUUCAGGCAUGACCGACGAGGAUGUUCGACGAUUGCAGAUGCAGGUUGAGCAGGAGAGAGCAGAAGUGGAGGAGCAGCUCAACCUGGAGAGGCAAGCUAUUGAAGCACAGAAGGACAUGGCAGAGCAGGAGAAGCAACAGCUCCUGGAGGCCUUGGAAGAGAAGCGCCGGCAACGAGAGCAGGAAGCCCAACAGCAAGAGAAGAUGCUCCAGCAGCUCAAGGCCAUGGAGGAGAAGAUGCUGGUGGGGAGCCAAGUUAUGGAGAAAGCAAUGCAGCAGGAAGCUGAUUUGCGCCGGGCUGCCAUGGAGGUGGAAGAGAAGAAGCGGGAAGAGCAGCGGAUGCAGGAGGAGUUGGAGCAGCAGCAGGAGGAGAAGUUGGAGCUGGAAGAGAAGUACGCCUCCACUGAGGAACAGGUGCAGAAGAUGACUGCCAAGCUGGAGAAGCUUUGGCAUCGGCACAAGCAAACGCAACAGGAGGUCCAAGACCUGCAGCACGAGUUUCAAAGCGAAAGAGAAGAUAUGCUCGAUACCAUUCGCGACCUGCGGAAAGAAGUGAAGUUGGUUUGCCUUACCAUCGAGAAUUUUAUCCCCAUGGAGCAGUACCAGCAGAUUGAACAAAGAGCCCACUUUGACGAGAGCUCUGACGAGUGGGUCAUUAGCAACAUCGACCUCGCGGGCAACCGGGUGCGCCGGCGCGGCCGCCUGCUGGACGAGAGUCCCAAGGGCAUGGGCCGCCGGACCAAUGGCGAGGGAAGCCCGGAUCCGGUGGCGAUGAUGAACGAACGCCCCAACGUCUACUUCGCCUACACCGAGGACGGUGGUGCGCAGCGCGCCGAGACCCGCCCGCAGCCGCAGAAGAAUGGAAAGCAGCAGCGGGUGAAGUCGGCCGGCCGCCCGGGCACGGCCUCGCGCAAGGGCCGAGGAGUGAAGCAAGUGUUGGGUGCCAAUUUUCUCCACUCCCCGGAUCCCAUAGAGGACGAGAAUGAUGCCGCGUUCCCCAAAGCACGUGGCCUGGUCCGUGCCGGUUACCAGGGCUGAGGCUGGUAGACGCUGGACGCAGGACGCGUCUUAACGCUUCAUAGGGCCGAUGCGGUGCAGAGCCUGUGCGUGUACAGCCCGCACAGCCGCACUGCGCAGAUCCCCCGAUGGUGCAGAUGGGGUGACCAGCGAAUUCCCACCCUGGCCGUGAGGGCGCGUGGCGAUGUUUUUUGUGGCUGACGAGUGCAGAACGACAGUAAGUGAGGCUUGGCGGUUUGUGCUUCAAGUUGGCCAUUUGCCCCAUUGUUUCGACCUUAAGAUCGGCUCGCUUAUUGCCAAACUCGUGGCGCCACCCUUGAACUUGUCUCACCACUGGCACGCCAUGGUCAUCCAAGCGGCUUUGGAACCAAAACCCCGGGCGUC